AUGAACCACAAUCCAUUUCCCGGUGACUUGGAUGCGGCAGAAAUUUUAGACCUAGGACCUAGUAGCUCUCGCGAAGUUUGUCAAACUCCUUCACGGACACGAUCUCUCUCGCACCACGGCCCAGCCGAUGGAUCUGAGAUGAGUGGAAACCCGACGUUCCCCGGGACUACUUCUGCACACCUGCCAGAGCUCCGAGAUAAUUUCGCAACGGAUAUGUCUGUUACUCGUGCGUCCACUUCAAGUUCGUAUUCUGUAAUAGUUAACGAACAUAUUUCAGGACCAAAUGAGAUGUUGGGAGCCGACGAUGAAUUGGAGGACUUCGAAGAACCUGACCCAGAAAUUGAUGCGGGCUAUCAAGCGCCACCCCCAGCGCCUGUUGCCGAUGGAAAUGCACCACCGAGCCCCUCAAGCGCCGAAAAUCAACUGCGUGUUCAGAGAUUCUUCCGCGAUUUGCAAGAGUCUUUCCGGCUCAUGAUUGUUACUAACACGCCUGUUCCUAGACACCUUGCCGUUCACGAGAUUGAAGAACUCCUCGACCGACUGCAAACCACAACCGCCGGCCCCUCACGUGCGGAGAACUCUGAUGAACAAGCGGUCCUGGCCAGUUGUUCGAUAUGCCUCGAAGACGAUGUGGAAGGUGACACGCUUUUUGUGCUCCCAUGUCAUGCCUCACAUCGUUUCCAUCGCAUCUGUCUGCAAGACUGGUUACAGGGUAAUACUAGCUGCCCUUUGUGUAGAGCCUCCCUUCGGAUAAGCGAAACAGAAGAGCCGAUUUAG